UGAGUAAGUUAAUAAAUUGACUGAUUGUCGAAUCAGAGUAGGUAAAUGUUGUUUUCAUACUACCUGCAACGAAUAGAUGUAAAAAUUUUCAUUUUACCACGUCACACUCGUGGUACUUGCACUCGGGGCGCCGUUAAUACUUGGAAUCUAUUUGGGCCAUCGUUGUUCCGGGAUCAGCUGUCAUACAUUUGACGUGUGUAGGACACAAACAAGACUGUUUUAAGGGUUGAUAUGCUGGUGGGAAGAUGAACGGAACGUUUUACGAGCAGCUUGGGAGUGUGGCAGGGGUGUUCGAGCAGUGGGGCACGUGUGAGCGGACCGUGGUGGCUUGCGCUCUCGCUCGCCGGGUUCCCUGGCCUGGGCUGCGGCUCGUGCAGAGGACGGUGGAAGCAGCUUUGCAGAAUCACGUGGAAGACGAGCGUCUCGAACGAGAUGCUAAUGAUGAAACCCUUCUAGCCACAUUAUUGGCGGCCAGAGUUAGUGACGUUGAAGAAGAAGAUGGUGAAAGACUGCGUAAACUCCUAGCCUUGCUGCCUCUGCUAAGGACAGACAACGAGCGAGCCAAGAAUGUAUAUGUGGGUGCUGCUCCAGCUCUAGUACAGAGAUGUGUGGAUGCACCAAGGCGCACUAUAGCUCCAGACUUAUGUCGACAACUUUUGUCAUAUCUUCUUGUACAUCCUGCCUUGUCCCUUCAUGAUCAGAGGACCUUGACACAAUGGCUACGCUAUCUAGAAAACCACAUCUCAGGCAACAGAAACUCAGAAUCUGUUUGGCAACAACGCUUAGACCAUUGUCUCCUCCCGGAGACUAACAUUUGGAAUACCAAUAGCACCUUUAGACGCACCAUUGGGAAGAAUGUAGAGUUUAGGGGAAUACUAGACACGGUAGAUCCCGCUUCCUACACAGAUUUGUUGCAGGAAUCUUUUUCGAAGAACGGCAGAGACGUGGACAUUAGCAUAGAAGGAGACAUCUUCGAUCCUGUGAUCGUUCAGCCCAAAUCGCAGAGGUCUAAUAGCUUAACCCCACCGUCAACCAACUUUUUACAGAUGUCCUCCUCGGCCGAGAAUCUAAGCGACGAACCGUUUCAGAAACCUCGAAGUUUUUCUUUAUCCAGCGAACACAGUUUAGGCCACUUGAGGCCGAUCGGCGGAAUGUACGGGACUACGGGCAGCGAGACGAGACUGGACGAUCUGAGGUCCAACAAUUACACCGAGCACCCCGGGAUGACCACGGUGGCUCAGUGGUUGAAGAGCCUGCGCCUGCACAAAUACGUGUGGCUCUUCACCAACAUUUCGUACGAGCAGAUGAUGGCCAUGGACGAGAAGCAUUUGGAGAAGUUGGGCGUGACGAAAGGCGCUCGGCACAAGAUCCUGCUGUCCAUAAAGAAGCUGAACGAACGGUCGUCCAUCCUGGAGAGCGUGCAGAGCGAACUGAAGUCGGGGCCCGGGCCGGGGCCUCUGCUGCGGGCCCUGGACAAGCUUCGAGGGGUGAUGCUGUCCCCCAUGCCGCCGGCGUCCGAUCUGCCCGCGGCCUUGGUGGUCGCGCUUGAUUUGGCGUCCAAAUGUCUAACCGGGAGCGGAGGGGCCGAGGGUGAGGACUUCGCGGACCCCAUGUCCCUGCACUGCUGGCUCGUCGAGAAGGCCCUGCACCACGAGUCCUUCCUCGGCGGAGGCCUGCGAGAGACCCUCCGACGCCUCCGCCAUCGCCUGCCCCCGAGGCAGUUCUUCCAGCACGUCAGCGACAUGCCGGCGCAUCGAAGGAACAAGCCCAGAUGGCGCGCGGGGCCGGCCCCCCGGGGACGCCGCUGGACGCCCCCCACCCCCCGCGGCAAGUCCCACUCGUACCCGCCCUUCCCCCCGCACGCCCUGCCCCCCGCCGCCCACCCUCAGCACGAAGACUACUCCAGCCUCGACGCCCUCUGCCUGCAGAUGACGGAGCAGGCCAUCGACUGAGCGGGACGAGCGUUGGGCGAAGGUUCUCGAGAACAGACUUUGAUCAUUGGAUUACCAUUGUAAUCGAUCGCCUCGAGUUUCGAGUUUCAAUAGUAUAUUUAAGAAUAUAAUAACUUGACUCGAACGUUUUCCAGUUAAUUUGACGUUGCGACGCGCGGAAGGUAUUCAGAUACUGAACCGUUUUGGCACAUUUCACUAUUACUUUGUAAAAUCCAUCCCGUUUUGGCGAUCGUCCUGCCCGCGGAGUAACAUAGUCACGGAUAGCUUUAAAAAUCAAUUGAAAGAGCGUCGUAAAAUAUAUUUGUAACGAAUUAGUCGAUAAGGAUAUGACAAUAUUUAUUUGAUAUUUUUGCACCUCGAUCACUUUAGCUAAGUUUUAUUUAUUCCUAGUUAGGAGCGAAUCGGCCAUUUUUACUUUUGUAUGUGUACACCGAAUACAUCGACACUCCGCCUUCGCCUCUCGGACCGAUGGGUUUUUGGCACUAGAACGAAAUAGAUGUAAUGUAGGAUGUCCAGGACGGUCGAAGAGCGGUUCUUCGCUUCCGAAGAUUUGUAUUUGUAAAUAAAAUGUAAAGAUGUCGCAGUAAGUAUAUGAUAAGGGCUGUCCUGAAUUUGUUUGGUGCUAAUUUGCAUUGAUUUGGGUUAGUCAUAAUAGAAUAGCUAGAUCUGUAGACUUAAACUCGGCCUAACGCGGCCCCCACUCUGCUCUUUGUCCCGGGUUAGAUGGAUUUGUGAGUUCACUUGAGCCCUUUUAGUUUUAACUCCGCUCUUGCCACUCUUUCGACAAUAUCAUUUCAGAAACUACUUUACUUCUGUCCAUUGCUUGUUACGAACCCAAUUUCACCAUCUCCACUCUCGGGAACAAUGUCAGAGUAAGGGUGGGGGCACAUUGUAAUUUUUAACUUGUGUGCCUGCGGUGUUGUUAGUUUUUGGCUACGUGAUAUUUUACUCGGCUCCAUAGGACAAUGGGUCAAAUGAGCUCUUGGCACAUGAGUGUGGUGGUGGUUUUACGAGAUUUAUUUAUUUAAAACGUACUUUCAUAUUCCACAAAUGUAUCUGACCGCGUGACAACGACGGACGGUUGCGACUAUUUUCACCAUAUUUGAAAUUAUUAUUUCAUGUUUAAUGCUGUUUAACCGUAAAUAUAUCGAUGACACGAUGACGUAAGCGAGCGAUCUGACGGGAGCAGACAAGCCGAACAACUGCUAUUUAAAAAAUAGCUAUUCAAAUUUUAGACCAACUGGUUUAUUGACCCUAAUUUGGCUCAGUGAGGCCGCACCCCAAAACUGGAGUAAAGUUCGCCAUAGCACAGAUGGAUUAUGGACCUAGACUCUAGGUAGGAACAGUUCAUCCUCUAGGUCCUAGAGGAUGAACUGUUCCUCGUUCCAUUGCUGCUUAAUCUAUUAGUUGCCUUUGUGGCUUCGAGAAUAAUAUUUAAAUAUUAUUAUUGACAUAACAAUUAACAUAUUGUUAACGUUAAGUCGUCGACCGAGUGGAUGAUUUAUAAAAACUCGAAAUGAUUUUUUUAUUAUUAUUGUUAUGGCUUGCAAUAACAGUGUUUUGACUGGAUCAAAAUUCUUUUGAUUGUCAUAUUGUGUGCAAUUUAUUUUUUAUUAAAUUAUAUCAUGGUUAUUUCUACAUUGUGUGAUAAAUGUAUUGCAAUUCUUAACUAAUUAUAUUUGAAGGGUUUUUAAUCUUUGU